AUGAUGGAAACGUGGAAGAAUAUGAAAAUAAUAUUUUUCAUAAUUAUAAAUUUAUAUUUAUUACCGAGAAAAACGUCUUCUGCUCCUUCGUCUUCGAACAACAACAACAAUGGCAAACAACCAAAUAUAAUAUUUAUUUUAGCCGAUGAUCUCGGUUGGAAUGAUUUAAGUUUUCACGGUAGCGAUCAAAUACAGACGCCAAAUUUAGAUGCUUUAGCUUAUAAUGGCGUCAUACUUAAUUCUCAAUAUGUUUUACCCGUUUGCACGCCAUCGAGAGCCGCACUCAUGACCGGAAUGUAUCCCAUUCACAACGGUAUGCAAGGUCUUCCCUUGGAAGCAUCCGAACCUCGCGCUUUACCAGCCGGAAAACUUUUACCUUCUUAUCUGAAAGAUUUGGGUUAUACAACUCGUAUGGUUGGAAAAUGGCAUUUGGGUUAUUAUCAAAAAGAAUUCACACCGACGUACAGAGGUUUCGAUUCUCAUUUGGGAUACUGGAACGGAAUAGUCAGCUAUUACGAUUACAUACUUCAAGAAGAUGAUAAUAGAAAACCUAGGAGUAGUCUUAACGGUUUCGAUAUGAGGAGAAACAUAACUCCAGCUUAUGAUCUUCAAGGUCGUUAUGCCACAGAAAUGUUUACGGACGAAGCGGUUCAUUUGAUACGGAGUCAUAAUAAAAACACGCCAUUAUUUUUAUACAUGAGCCAUCUUGCCGUGCACGCUGGAAAUCCCGGAAAAUUUUUGGAAGCUCCCCAAGAAGCUAUAAAUAAAUUUUUACACAUAGCCGAUCCGAACAGGAGAACUUUUGCUGGUAUGGUACAAAAAUUAGACGAAUCCGUCGGUAGACUAAUAGCCGCUCUCGAGGAAUCAAACAUGCUUCACAAUUCCAUAAUCGUUUUCUCUGCCGACAAUGGUGCUCCGACAAUCGGCGGAUACCCGAAUUGGGGAUCUAAUUACCCGUUGAGAGGUAUCAAGGAAACCCUCUGGGAAGGUGGUACUCGUGGCGUAUCGUUCAUAUGGAGUCCCCUGAUAAAAAACACGCCGAGAGUUUCGAACGAAUUGAUACACAUUUCCGAUUGGUUGCCGACACUUUAUGCAGCUGCUGGUGGAAACAUGGAAAAUGUUAAAAAUUUAGAUGGUGUUAAUCAAUGGCCGAGCAUUUCGGAAAAUCUACCAUCGGAAAGAAAUGAAAUUUUACUCAACAUCGAUGAAAUCCUUCAAACGGCAGCCAUUCGUAUGAACAGUAGAAAAUAUCAUUGGAAAUUAGUCGUCGGUACGGUUAACAACGGAACAUACGACGAAUAUUUCGGAGAAGGUACGAAUAAAUUCCCGGAAAAUAAUCCACCGUACGAUUUCAACGCUGUGGCAAAUUCGCAAGUUUACAGAACUCUCGAAAGGCUCGCGCAAAAAAGGUUGCUGACGUAUCCGACGUCGAAAGAAAAAAUGAAGGUGUUGAGAAGAGAUGCGACGAUAAGAUGCGAUUAUAAAAUAAUAAAUCCGAAUCGGUGCAAUCCCUCGGAUGGACCAAAUCAAGUUUGCCUCUACGACAUUAAACGCGAUCCGUGCGAACUAAAUAAUUUGACGCCAUUUUAUCCGAACGUUGCGAGUUAUUUGUUCAGAGCUUUGGUUCAACACAGGGAAUCACUCGUGCCGCAAGAGAGUAAAGAAUUGCAACAGGAUUUAGCGGAUCCGGUUAAUUUUAACGGUACUUGGACUCCGUGGAUCGAUAGCAACGGCGUCCCUUUCGUCGUCACACGUUCCGGAACCGGAAAUUUCAAUAUCGAUCCGUUAAGCGUUCUAACGUCAGAUUAUAAAGAUUCAUUUUUAACAAGAUAA